AUGUCAAUUCCACCAGCAUCUUCCUCUGACGAGACGUCGGUGCCAUCUGGCGCUGGAAGUGCCUCGUCGGAUAUUCCGCCACCAACCCCUACACCUUACCCUACUAUUAUGCAGCCAUUUCGUUUCCCGCCUCUAAGAAAAAACUACACAGACCUCACUUACGAUCGUAACAUUCGCGUCUUCCACCCGUAUUAUCCCCCCACAAAAGGCCACGACCCUAUGUUGCAAUUCAAAGCAACGGAUGGUGGUGCUCAGUACUUGAUGGUAUAUUAUGCUUGCUGUAUUCUCGCGAACAACUGUAUGCAAGAAGAUGAAGGCAGAGAUAAUAACAAUCCAGAUGGGCCCUUCCUAUCUAAAAGCCCAACCUCGGAUGGUCGUAUUCAAGUAUCACUGAAUGAUAUUUUGGAACCCGGCAACUACUAUUUCAUUAUGCCUUCUUUUUCAGUUGUAUCUGAUGCUUUAUCAUCGGCAUCGAAAUCGGCCUCAACAUCAGGAUCACCCUCUUCGUCUAUCGACCCUGAUAGUCGUGGAUUCCACUACGCCAUCAUACCAACUUUUGACGAUUGGCAACCGCCUAAGGAUAUACCGCAACCUUGGCAGGAUGUUGAAGUUCCAAUUGAUCUUACCAUCGACAAUCCAGCCACCAAGUUGGAAAAUGAACCUUGUUACAUCACAAGCGAUAUGAACGGCGUUGAACUGGCUCAUAUCAUUCCACGACAGGAAACGGCUUGGUCGAAACGGAACUUCGUUGCCAACAUCCUUGAUUCGAGCAAAGAUGUCCUUGGUGAUUGGAAAAAUAAGAUCCCGAUACGGAAAGACCUUCGUCAUCUAUGGGAUCAAGGUUAUUUGACUUUCUUCCCCAAGUCUACCGGAGGGACUACAGCUAGACUUAUCCAACUAUGCAUACAUGUCAUCCGCUUGCACAAAGAUUACUCCAAAGGCUGUGAAUGUAUUGACAAAUAUCACAACACGAUAAUCAACAAUUUACAUGGGGUCCCCGCUAAGAUAUUAUUCAUCCGCUUCGCAUGGUCCUUUUUUAAUGAGGACGUUAUGUUGCUUUUCCGAACCUCUUCGAACUAUCGCGUGAGAAUUUUGGUUCCUAAUUCGAAAGGCGAGAUGAACGCUGAAGAUCAGACAUUGCCAAAUUCGAAGAUUUUCAAACGCAGAAAGCGAAAUGCGAUGGAAGAAAGCAUUGAAAACAUACCUAUUGAGACCCUUGACAAUGACGAAAACCUCUCGUCCAGCGGCGCUGAAUUGGAUUCCUAUAUAUAUCCAGCAGAUUCGCCGUCUUUCAGCAGCACAGACGACGUUGUCUCCGAUUACCCUUCCGAAUAUGAUUAUGCGGAUGGUUAUGAUCCUGUUAAUUCGGAUUGCGAUGUGGAUAUUGAUUUGUCGAAUCCCAGUCGAAUCGUCCGACGUAACAUCCUUGAUGAUGAUCCCUCACGCAAACGCUAA